UCUAUUUAGGAACCCUUAGUUGUUUUUAGGAACCCUUGCUUGUUGGGGGGGUUCUAUUUAGGAACCCUUGUGACUGGCGGGGGGGUCUCUUUUUAGGAACCCUUGUGACUGGGGUGGGUCUUUCUAGGAACCCUUUUUUUAAGGCACUGCAGAGGGAGUGGGACUCCUGGUGCUUGAGUUCCAACAGAGCUCUUGGUCCUGGGGAAAUCCCCUUCCCCCCCUCAUCUUUAGGAAGGCCUUAAUUGUUACAAAAAGGAUCCCUUUUUCUUCAUCCAUCUUGUACCAGUUUCCCAGGUAUAAACUACAGGAUCAAUCUCUUGGGGACACCUGAAGGUAAAGAUACAGUAUAAACUAGAGGAAUAGGGCCUAAAAAGGUGAUCUGGUGGCUUUGUGAUCUGUUUUUCAUCUCCAAGAACAUGGCCAAAGAGUUUAAGUGCUACUGAAUAUUAAUUGAACCUCAAAUAUGAAGUAUGGAUGGAAACGUGGCAGAAAACAGAAUGAAAUGAGUGAUGUGACUUGCUAAGACUGCAAGGGAAGUGUCUUUUUGGAGUUUCUACUUUCCUGUCAUUGCAGAGCAUCUGAUGUAGGGGCCUUUUUUUCUUCUGAAGGCAGAAGCCAUGUUGAAAUCUCCUCUUUUUUGUCUUCCUUGGCAGGAUUAUUGUGCCACCAAGUGGUCUGUCCUACGGGAACGUUUUGACCGUGGGCUUUAUGCCUCACAUGCUGAUCUCCACAGGCUGAAGUACCAGUGUUUCAAGUCUGCCUGGAUGUAUGAAGUAUUUCACAGUGGCUUCUCUUUUCCUGUGAGUUACAGCAAUUUGAAAACAGCUCUGCAGGUUUAUGACAAGGAGGUGCAGUGGACCCUGGGAGCCAUUCUCUACCGGACCCGGUUUUUACCUUUAAGAGACAUCCAACAAGAAAACUUCCGGGCAAGUCACUCCCAUUGGAGGAGCUUCUCCUUUGUUUACAACCACUACUUGUUCUCAGUGUGUUUCCUGGUUGUGCUGCUCUCCAUCCUGCUCUACCUGCUGAGGCUCAGGAGGAUCCACAGGCGGAUGCUCCGCAACGGCUCCUCUGCUUCCCUCUGGAUUGAGGAAGGUCUCCCCCCACAGAAGAUCCCAGGACCCUGAUGAGAUGCUGUGCUGGGGAGCUUUUAGUGGACAUGCAACUCAAAAAAAAAAGCCAUUUUUGCCUCAGGGUUCCUCCUUUUUGUCCCUUGAAAGCAUUGGAGAAGAUGGCUUGGAGGGUGUCCUGCAGCUGGCUUUGGAGUCGAAGGAAAAUGGGGUCAACUUGGCUUAGUCUCAUUAGACAAAAUCUGCCAAAAAUGACUUUUCUUUAAAAUCUUGCACUUUUGUGUGUCAUGGGGUGAGCAAAGACUCAUCAGUAAGUGAGCAGCAGCAGCUUAAGCUGGGUAUGGUAAGAGAAUGAGUGUGAGUUCUCAUCCUUUGGGUGAGAUUGUGGACUUCUGUCAGCUAGGAUGAAUGAGGACUGGUUUUUAUUUCCUUUUCCAGGUUCCAGGAUGGGUAUCACUUGAAUUCUUAAAUUCUGAGUCUCUUCAAAGAAAAGGAAGUGCAGGGUUUUCAAAAGCAGUAAGGAAACAACCUCUUAGGAGCUUCAUCCGAGUUAAUAAUCUGGGAUAAAUUCUGUGCUGGAGAAGGAAAAUCUAUUGCACCCAAUGCUGUGCUUCCAUAGAACUGCUUGAAUCAGUUUAUUUGUGAAUUUCCCCUUUUUGUCUUGGAAUCUCUAGCCUCCUGGUGGCAAAAGUUGCUACUUUUUAAUCCUUUGUUUCUGGUUUAUGAUCAUUCAGAUCUCUCUGGAGCUCCAGAGAACUGGAAUAGACCUUUGUUCCUGCUAGAGUAGCCAUGCACAGUGUCUCUGUUUUUGAGUCCUCUGAUUUAAUUUAUAUUUUAUUUAAAACGGUUGAUUUUACUUGAAAGUCAAUUUGUCCAUGAUUAAAAGUGGGAUUUAUAUGAA